AUGGAUAAUAAACCUUUCUUCGGUGUUGUCUUUGAUAAGACCCCGUUCACAGUCUCCCAAACCAAAAUCAGACUCUUCGGUGUAGGGUGCAAUACAACAGCUUAUAUAGAAGCAGAAAUAGACAGUAUCAGAACGAGAUUAGUGGCAAAUUGUUCUUCCCAAUGUGAGAGUAGGGACAAAGUGAUAGAAAUGUCCUGUACAGGAAGUGGAUGUUGCCAAAUAACGAUUCCAAAGUUGGUAAAGGGAUUUUUUGGAUCAGCUGGUGGCGAGGUAUGGCCAUUCAAUCCUUGCAGCUAUGGCUUUGUCGCUGAGUUGGACAGCUUCACAUUCACUGCAGUGGAUCUUGUCGGUAUCCGUAGGAAAGAUAGAGAUGUUAUAUCAAUGGCCCUGGAUUGGGCGAUAAGGCAUGAGACUUGUAUAGAAGCACGAAAAAAUACGUCAACUUAUAUGUGCCAGGCUAAUAGUUAUUGCAAGGAUCCUGUAAACAAUCCUGGAUAUCAAUGUUUUUGUAACGAGGAUUACGAAGGAAACCCUUAUCUCAAACCUGGAUGCGUAGGUAUUUGUUCGGGGUUACUCGUGUUUCUUAUAAUCGGUGGUUCUUGCUUAUAUUUGAUCAUGAAGAAACGAAAGCUAAAGAAAGAUAGAAAUGUAUUUUUUGAGCAAAAUGGUAGUUUGCUGCUAGAACAAAAACUAUCAUCGAAUGAAGUUGGUGCAGAUUCAACAAAGAUAUUUUCUCCAGAAGACCUAGAACGUUGUUGUCUAGAGACUAAAGUUCCAUUGCUUGUUUACGAAUACGAUUCUAAUGGCACCCUUUAUGAACAUAUUCAUCUAAACGAUGGUAUGUCCUCCAUUUCAUGGAAUAGUCUUCUUCGAAUAGCUACAGAAAUUUCAAGUGCACUUGCAUAUUUACAUUCAUAUGUUUCUAUUCCCAUCUUUCAUAGAGAUAUAAAGUCUACCAACGUACUGCUAGACGAAAAUUACACUGUAAAAGUUUCACACUUCGGAGCAUCGAGGGAAAAAUCCCUUUCUUUUGAGAGGUCGGAGGAACAAAGAAACCUAGCUAUUUAUUUCAUUUCGUUACUGGAAGUAAACGAUUUCUCCCAUAUUCUAGACUCUCGAGUAUUGAAUGAGGGAAAGCCUGAGCACGUACUUGCUGUUGCGGAGCUUGCAAAGGGAUGCCUUAACUCAAAAUGCCAAGAUAGGCCUACAAUGAAACAAGUUGCUGCAAAGCUAGAAGACUUAAGAAGCUUAGAGAAAGAACCACAUCAACCAAUCCACGAGGAGUCUGAGAACUUUCCAGUUGAGGUAGAUAAAGACUUCUAUGUUGUGCCUCUCAUGAGCUCUCACGGUACUGCAUCUUCUUACAAUUAG